AUGCAAAACGACGAUGUAAUCUGGAGCGUAUUAACAUCUUCACUUUGUUCAUAUCAGAUCAAGACGAAAACACAGAAUUUCUGCCGCAAUGAGUACAAUGUAUCGGGACUUUGUGGUCGUAAAACAUGUCCAUUAGCCAAUAGUCAAUAUGCUACUGUACGCGAAGAGCAAGGACAAUGUUUCCUUUACAUCAAAACCAUUGAACGGGCAGCAUUUCCAUCGAAACUAUGGGAAAAAGUGAAAUUAUCUCGACAAUAUGGAAAAGCUCUAGAGCAAAUCGAUGAACAGCUGAUGUAUUGGCCGAAACAUCAGAUUCAUAAAUGUAAACAACGACUCACGAAAAUCACUCAAUAUUUGAUACGUAUGAGAAAAUUGGAGCUACAAAGUCCAAAAAAACUUGUCCCAUUGGCAUCGAAAAUCGAACGUCGAGAUAGACGUCGUGAAGUGAAAGCAUUGAUUGCUGCUAGGCUUGAGAAUUGUAUCGAAAAAGAACUGUUGGAACGAUUGAAAAAAGGAACCUAUGGUGAUAUCUAUAAUUUCCACCAGAAAGCGUUCGAACAAGCCUUAAGUCAUGAUGUUGAACAAAUGCAAGAUGAUGGGGAAACUGAACGUGAACUCGAAUUGGAACUAAUGUCCGAUGAUGAUGAACAAGAAGAACCAGCGACUGAAACAGUUGAAUAUGUAGCAGCCGAUGAUUUUGAUGAAAGCAGUGAUGAUGAUGAUGACAUUGAAGAUCUAGAAGCAACGACAAUGGCAUCGAAAAAGAAGCCCAAAACACCGUCGAUAUUGUCAAAAUCGACGAAAAGGAAAAAACCACAUGUUGAAAUUGAAUAUGAAAAUGAAUUCGAUAGACCAUCCACAUCAAAACAACGAUUACAUUGA